AUGUCGUCCCCCCCGACCCCCAGUCCAUCUGGUUACUACAAGGGAGACGGUAACCCAGCGGCUCCCACCGUAUGGCAAGGCAACUCUUGGUGGGGAGGGAGCAAUAUCGAUUGGCUGCUGGCGAGUAGCCCAAACGACAUUUCCCUCGAUCCUCAUGAGAGGUGUCGGCAAUACGGCUUCCUUCUACACCUCGGAGAUUACGCGGGUCGACUCUUCCACUGCCUUAGGACCGCGGCCAUUUCACAAGACUUGAGCCUGGGCAAUCGAGUAGUGCCGCUUCGUGACAAUUUAACCGACGAGUCUCACGACCCGUCGCCAGAAGCUCGACACACUACCUGGGUUCUGGAACGUAGCUGCCGCUAUCUUUCCAACAUGAACCUGUUGGUAGACUCUGAGAUGGCCGAGUUGGCAAUCCGUUCGAUCCAUGGCCAUCUAGCUGGCAUUUGCUGUCACCGAAUCACCGCCGAAUGCCCCACGUCAGUCUUUUCUACAUUUCUUCACCCAUUCAUCCAAUCCACCGAUCGUCAAGCUGAUUUGCAGUCCCGCGCCAGCAUUUAACUCCGCAUAUGCUACGACGAGGUGGCCUGGGAACAAUGCGAGGUGUCUGAACACUUCUUAGAUGUCGUUUCUGAAUUAUCUGAUUGAUGUCCGGUCCUGGAGAAAGGUGCCCUCAACAUCUUGUGCAUGUUGGAGUACAAACCACACGUUUCGCGAUGACUAGUGUCCCAUAGCUACCGAUGAGAACCUUUUGGGUAUUUCCACUGGUUCACCCACAGUUUGGCAACUCUGUCUUCAAUAACCCCUGAUACAGAUGUGGC